GGUGGGGGGUGAAGUAUCGGCGCUAGGACCGCGGUUCCGUCAGUGCGCUGAUCCCAGCAGAGAGGCAGAUCUCCGGCUGAAGAAGAGCUGCUCUCUGGCUGUCUGUCUGCUCUGCGGUCCGACUCAUCACCUCUCGCCGCGUACCGGACCAGAACCAGCCGGGCUCGCCUCCGGUGGCCUCCUUAUGGGCUCACCAUGCGCAGGAUUCGGGCCAACGCCAUCGCCAUUCUGACAGUCGCGUGGAUCUUGGGAACGUUUUAUUACCUGUGGCAGGACCAGAAGCCCCAGUCUGUUCCGUCGGUGGCGGCGCAGACCCGCGUCCGGAACCACGGACAGAAGGGGGUCCCCGGUCGGCUGGAGAUCCACCGAGACGAGCGGACCAUCCCGCUGAUUGUGACUCCGCCUCCUCGGACUGAGCAGCAGAGGCAGCUGCUGGGCAGCUUCGAUGAGAAGGCCUACCUGUCAGCCAGGCAGCUCAAACCAGGAGAUGACCCUUACAGGGAGCACGCCUUUAAUCUGCAGGAGAGCGACCGUCUGGGCAGCGAGCGAGCCAUCCGGGACACUCGACACUACAGAUGUGCAUCUCUGACCUACGACUCAGACCUUCCCUCCACGAGCAUCAUCAUCACCUUCCACAACGAAGCUCGCUCUACUCUCCUUCGCACUGUGAAGAGUGUUCUGAUACGUAGUCCUCCGCCUCUCAUUCAAGAAAUUAUCCUGAUAGACGACUUCAGCUCUGAUCCUGAGGACUGCCAGCUGCUUGCUCAGAUCCCUAAAGUGCGCUGCCUGAGGAACAUCAGGAGAGAGGGUCUGAUCCGGUCCCGUGUGCGAGGAGCCAGCACGGCCUCUGCCUCCAUCCUGACCUUCCUGGACAGCCACUGUGAGGUCAACACUGACUGGCUGCAGCCCAUGAUCCAGAGAGUCAAGGAGGAUCACACUCGAGUGGUCAGCCCCAUCAUUGACGUCAUCAGCUUGGACAACUUUGCCUACUUGGCUGCUUCUGCUGAUCUAAGAGGAGGGUUCGACUGGAGUCUCCACUUCAAAUGGGAGCAGAUUCCUAUAGAGCAGAAAAUGGCCCGGAGCAACCCCACACAGCCAAUAAGGACUCCUGUGAUUGCCGGAGGGAUUUUCGUCAUGGACAAGAGCUGGUUCAACCACCUGGGGCAGUACGACACACACAUGGACAUCUGGGGAGGGGAGAACUUCGAACUCUCCUUCCGGGUCUGGAUGUGUGGAGGAAGUCUGGAGAUUCUCCCCUGCAGCCGGGUUGGUCACGUGUUCAGGAAACGUCAUCCAUACGACUUCCCAGAGGGCAACGCUCUCACCUACAUUAAGAACACCCGACGGGCGGCUGAGGUGUGGAUGGACGAGUAUAAACAGUACUACUACUCUGCGCGGCCGUCUGCUCAGGGCAAGGCCUUCGGAAGCAUCGCAGAUCGUCUGACGCUGAGGAGGAAAUUAAACUGCAAACCUUUCCGCUGGUACAUGGAGAGCGUCUAUCCUGAACUCAGAGUUCCUGAGCAGGAGGCUGUUUUCAGUCUGCUGAAACAAGGGGGUUUAUGUCUGGAGACUCGUGGGACCGAUGGUGGUCUCGGACUGGCAGAGUGUAAGAGCAUCGGAACCAACAAGCUCCCAUCGCAGAAAUGGGAGCUGAUAGAGCCGCUGAUUCGGCAGCAGGAUCUCUGCCUGGCAAUUUCUGCUUUCACGGCAGGAUCAAAGGUCAAGAUGGAGCCCUGCAACAUAAAAGAGCCCAGACAGAAGUGGAAGCCCAAAGGCCCGGCUCUGCAACACUCGGUCAGCGGGCUCUGCCUGGACAGCCAGACCCUAACGGAACCGCUGGUUAUUACUCAGUGUCGCCCCCAGAUGGCCAGCCAGUCCUGGGAGCCACAAGUCGUCCCUUGAAGCCUGGAGGACAGUGGAUGGAGAUGCUGGGGUGAUUCUGGAUGAGAAGGACUCUGAUGAUCUUGCUGAGGGAUAAAAGCUCUAAGUCCAGUAUUUUCCUGAUGUCACCUCCUGGCUGCAGCUCAGUGACGGGUGGAGCAGACCUCCUUAGGUCUUCUGUGUACAGGUCUCCAUCCAUUCAGGAUGCUGCACUUCUUCUACGUGUUCUCAGCUUUUCACUGAAACUAAUGCACAUCUCACUUUUUAUUUUCUGUUCUCAUAAUAUGCUUCAAUGAUUUGGAAUUGUGAUGAUUUACUGUAGCUGAUGUUUUGAGCUGCACCUGCCCCGCGUUCAUUUGGCCCGGUAAGAGACUGAGGUGUGACCAUCUGGACCGGGCCGCUCUUUAUCUCAAAAAUCCAAGACCUGAGUGUUCUAGUGCUACACAGCAGUCCCGAAGUCCCCAUUCCAGUCAGAGGCAGGACUUUAUUAUUCUUUUGCACGGUCAGACCCAAAGAAUGUUGUUUUUAAUGAUUAGAAUUGUUUUUCUGUCUCUACAAAGAUCUGUGUAAAUAUGUGAAACAGCUUGUUUAUGUGUAAAGUAACCUACAUGUGGUUUGGGAAAUAAAACAUGGUGACUAAGAAACAUGGAGUUAUUUAAAAUAGAAUUUCUUGUUUUAUCUAAAAACAGCUCUCUGAAGCAUCAAUAAACACGAUUUAAAAUCC